UCUCUUCCUUCUGCCACUGUCAACUUCACCUCUACUCGUGGCUGGUGCUAACUAUGAGAUUUCUCUUCCUUGUGCUGUUCUUUUUCCUCCCGGCCUGGCCCGUGACUGCCACUAUUUUGCAGAACGGGCAGCCCCGCGAGGACCCUUAUCCCGGCCAGCAAUCCCCCAUCAAACUCGACAGUUCCUGGAGAAAUUACGACGCGGGCGUCCCGGAAAUUGCCUACAAAGGCCGUUGGGAUAGCAAUCACAUUUCCUGGUGGUCAGCCCCUGGGAUCAAGGUUGAGUUUUCCGGCAAACAAUUGGCUCUAAGUUUCGGCCCCAGUACCUCCAACGGCGUCCUCGUCGCUUAUCGACUUGGAUCGUUGGACUGGCGAUUCUCCAACGUGACGGCCGAUGCGACCUACCAAUUUAUCCGUCCCGAUGACUUCACCGACGACAUCGAUACCAAGACCAAUGUCUUCGAAAUGCGAGUGACGAAUUGGGGUUUGGGAGUCCAGUUGGCCGGUGUGUCCGUUGCGAAGGACGCCUACAUCACCAAACCCACUCCUUACAAGAGAAAGGUGGAAAUCAUCGGCGGCUCGCUGGCUGGAGGCCAAUACGCCACCUAUGAAACCCUGUCGUCCUGGUCCUUCCUCUAUGGCGUGGGAUUGGGUGAUGCUGAGUUUACGAUCACGGCCUACCCCGGUGUAUGUCUAGCUGACAUGCAAUGCUAUGGCGGUGGCGUUCAUGGAAUGACCUGGUUCUGGAAUCGCGCAUCCGACCCUGGAGCCCGUGCGCAUCAGUUUUACGGCGACAAUCCACCCGAGUUUGACAACUCCGCCGAGCAGCCGGCCGACCUGGUGUUUAUCCAGAUGGGUGGAAACGACUGGCGCCACCCGAACGAGGUGCCCGGUGACAAGUUCUACCAAGCUUAUGUCGACAUGGUAGAGGAGAUCCAUCGCGUCUGGCCCAAAGCUGAAAUCGUCCUGAUGUCACAAUGGGGACCCUUCGAGAAGCAUGGGACACAGUACAAGUCGACUAUACAGUACAAAGACGAGAUUAUCCGGGUGUACGAGUACUUCAAGGACCUGCGAUGGACAUUUGUCCACUACCUCAACACGGAUGGCAUCCUGCAGCACAAUGACAUCAACCCGAAGAACCACCCGACGGAUGUCGGCCACAUCAAGGUUGCCAGCCACCUGCUGCAGUGGACACGACUGGUCCUUCGCUGGGAGCUGAAGCCGACCGGCGAGAUGCAGCACGGGACGCUGUACUGGAACGAUCAGGAAGGUUAUUGAUUUCGUGGUCUAUCAUGUAUUCAUAGAGGCAGAAAUGUCUGUACAUUCGCAUUUUGGCCGAGAGUUGCCGUGCAUAUUCAAAAUAGAUGUUUAUACCUCAACUGUGCUAUAGCUACGAAGCCCUGGAGCGCCCUGACUUGAAUUCUUCGUGCGCG